AUGGAAGGAGUAUUGCCGUUGAUUGAAAGAGAUGAUAAUGAUAAUCGUAGAUUAACAUGGAGCGUAUUUGGGGAGGAGGCUAAGAAAUUCGGAUACAUAGCAGCGCCAAUGGUGGCGGUGACUCUUUCACAGUAUUUGUUGCAGGUUAUCUCCGUCAUGAUGGUCGGCCACCUCGGUGAGCUUGCUCUUUCUAGCGCCGCCAUUGCCAUCUCCAUUUCUAGCGUCACCGGUUUCAGCUUAAUCAUGGGGAUGUCAAGUGCACUGGAAACAUUAUGUGGACAAGCUUACGGAGCUCAACAAUACAAAAAAUUCGGAACUCAAACUUACACUGCCAUUUUCUCUCUUUUAAUCGUUUGCAUUCCUCUCUCCAUCAUCUGGAAAAAUACAGGAGCUAUUCUCCUUCUUAUUGGCCAAAACCCUUCAAUCUCACAUGAAGCUGGAAAAUUCAUAACUUGGCUCAUUCCUGCAAUCUUUGCCUAUGCAGUACUACAACCACUCGUUCGUUAUUUCCAAAUGCAAAGCAUGCUAUGGCCUAUGCUCAUUAGCUCAACUGUUGCUCUACUUUUACACAUUCCUCUUUGUUAUGCCCUUGUAUACAAGACCACAUUAGCAAACAUUGGGGGAGCAGUUUCCAUGGGUAUUACAAUGUGGCUAAAUGCAAUCUUUCUUUUCUUUUACAUGAAAUAUUCUCCCUCAUGUGGAAAAACACGCGCCCCUAUAUCGAUCGAGGUCGUCCAUGGGAUGAAACAGUUCUUUAGCUAUGCUAUCCCUUCCGCUGUCAUGAUUUGUCUUGAAUGGUGGUCAUAUGAAAUUCUAAUACUGUUAUCCGGUCUUCUCCCAAAUCCGGAGCUUGAAACUUCUGUUCUUUCUGUAUGUCUCAAUACUAUUGCGACACUUUACGCCAUAGCAUUCGGAUUCGGGGCUGGAAUCAGCACAAGGGUAUCGAAUGAGCUAGGAGCUGGAAACCCACAUGGCGCCCGUACGGCAGUCUAUGUUGUCCUUAUCCUCGCCAUCAUCGAAACAAGUGUCAUUAGCACAAGUGUUUUUGUGAGUAGGCGUGUUUUCGGGUAUAUUUUCACAAACGAAAAGGAAGUUGUUGACUAUGUUACAAAAAUGGCCCCUCUUCUUUGCUUAAACAUCAUCAUGGACAGUCUACAAGGAACCCUUUCAGGCGUUGCGAGGGGUGUUGGGUGGCAACAUCUUGGGGCUUAUAUCAAUCUUGCUGCUUUUUAUCUUGCUGGGAUUCCGGUUGCUGCUUUCUUGGGAUUCUACACAUCAUUACGAGGAAUUGGUCUAUGGAUUGGAAUCCUUGUGGGUGCUGUAAUACAACUUAUUUUACUCACCACUGUAACCAUUUCCACAAAUUACGAAAAACAGGCUACAAAGGUGAGGGAGAGGUUAUUUAAUGAGGAAUCGUCUGUGGAGAGGCUAAUGUGA